UAAAACAGGAAGAAGCUCUGCUGCGUGCCAUUGGUUCUUUCAGCCGCGUUUAAAUGCGAACGGGAAGCGACUUCACAGUUAGCUAGCUAGGAGGCGGCUAACUUUCACGUCUUUAUAAUAUCCCUAAACUGCCGAAUGACGAGACGCAAAAUUGGCCAUUUCAUAACCGGCUGAUGACACGAUGUGUCCAGUGUGAGUCUGAUUCAAACAUCUGGCCGAAGAGGCAGGGAUCACUCUGAUGAGGGGGCGCCUACACCUGUCAGGAUGCAGCAGAAAAGAAACAUCCAGAUCAUCGAGUGGGAGGACCUCGACAAAAGGAAGUUCUACUCAUUCGGGGUGUUUAUGACGAUGACCAUCCGGGCCACCGUCUACCCGGCUACGCUCAUCCGCACUCGGCUACAGGUGCAGAGGGGCAAGUCACUCUACAGUGGCACCUUCGACGCCUUCUUCAAGAUUCUGCGGUCGGAGGGCGUUCGAGGCCUUUAUCGUGGCUUUAUGGUCAACACGUUCACGCUCAUCUCAGGCCAGGCUUACAUAACCACCUAUGAGCUGGUGAGGAAGUAUGUCUCCCAGUAUUCUGAGGACAAUACGGUCAAGUCACUGGUGGCCGGCGGCUCGGCCUCUCUGGUCGCACAGAGCAUCACUGUUCCUAUAGAUGUUGUCUCGCAGCAGCUGAUGAUGCAGGGCCAAGGAGAGCACCUCACCCGCUUUCGACUCAAGUCUAACACAGAGACUGGAAAGACCAAGAAAGUGUUUGGCCAAACCAGGAGUAUUGUGUCUCAGAUCUUUGCUGCUGAUGGUUUCCGGGGCUUCUACAGGGGAUAUGUGGCUUCUUUACUCACUUAUAUCCCAAACAGUGCUGUCUGGUGGCCUUUCUAUCACUUUUAUGCUGAGCAACUCUCUAAACUGGCUCCCAGUGACUGCCCUCAUCUGGUUCUUCAAGCCAUGGCUGGACCUCUAGCUGCUGCUACUGCCGCAACUGUCACCAACCCAAUGGAUGUGGUCAGAGCCAGAGUGCAGGUUGAAGGCAGGACUUCAGUGAUCGAGACGUUCAGACAGCUGCUCAAAGAGGAGGGCUGUUGGGGGAUGACCAAAGGACUGUCGGCACGCAUCAUUUCAUCCACACCCACUGCCAUCGUCAUGGUGGUCGGCUACGAGACGCUUAAAAAACUGAGUUUGCGACCGGAGCUGGUGGACUCAAGACACUGGUAGAAGAUAACCUGAACAGAACCUGUAUGGACCACGUGCCGUUUUAGCCCUCACAUUAGACUCCGUGUGAAAGCACUGGAUGAAAGGAGUGCUUGUUUUAAAUGACAGCUUUGGGGAACAAAAUGGAACUGGGACAGUUUAAACACACACCAGCUGUGUAUAAGAAACUGAACGUGUACGAGUUGGUAACAACAUAUUAGAUGCAGAUUAAAUAACUAAAUACUAGACGCAGGUUCACAGUUUUUUGUGUUGUUGUUAAACUGUUUUUUGUUUGUUUUUUUAAGUGUGAUCCAAAGGGGUGAAUGCAAAGUUGUUUUAACACUGGAAGAUGCAGACAAAUUGAUGCAGAAUUAUGGGAUUGUUAUGUGUAUUUGGUGAAAAAGCUAACCUAUCAACACACACUCUACAAUCAUGUUCAAGAAACUCUGCGUUGGCGAUAAAUGGACUUCGAUUACUGACCGACUGAUCUAAUCUGCUGGUUUAUGUGAACAGCCAGAUGGUUACUGCAGUAACUGUAGUUAUGCUGUCCCAAAGCCAAGCAGUGGUGGGCCCAGAUAAAAACCUGGUUUUGAUCAGGGUUUGGAGAAAGGCAGAAUAACUCAUGAUGACGCAUUCACAUCAGCAGCUACUAAAUUUUUUCCCAAGUGUUGGUUUCCUUGUGCUUGCAAUGGUGGUUUCUGUGUCCCUUCAGCAGCCCCUUUUCCUUGGCCUGUUAAAUUGCUGCCUUCAUGUUGUGAUGAAGUGAAACUGCUGUUUAUUUGCUGAAUGUGCGUGAAUAGAACUAUGGGUAUUAGAAUGUGUAUAUCAUGUCAGCCUCUGUGUUGUGGGUAUAUUAAAUUCACAGUUCUGUUCGCUGUGCAAACGGUCAGAAUAAAUGACAAACUCCUUGCAAAACUGAUCACAUACAGGACAACAUUUUAUCUGGAUUUUUGUGACAUACUAGUAUGCUGUCUGUCUGUAGAAAACAUUGCAGUGAUGAAGAUCUUUAAAACCAGGAAGUUGAGCACAACUGAAGUUUUUGUUGCGCUGAGCUGCCAGUUGAAAUCCUGGAGACGAGGGGAAAAUGAUGGACCGAAAGCUGAAGUUAAGCUGUUUCCCUGUCGUGGCAGUAAAUGUUUAAGUGCAAUAAUGUAAAUGUUCUACUGCUUUUAGCACAAAAUGCGAUUGUAUAUUUUUUUAAAUUGUGUGACUAAUGGGUCUUACAGGAAUGCAUUAUACCUAAUUUAUUUUCUUUUAAGUUUUUUUUUUUUGAAGUAUCCAAACUUCAAAAUCUCACUUCAUGAUGUUAAAGUUUGUUCUACGUUUGUUUAAGAUGGAUAACUUAUGAGUGUCGUGGCUCAUGCAGUUUGUUUCUUUGGUAACUUUAUGGCAAAGCUGAUCCAUUUCAAAAUAAAAUUAACAUCAGAUGUGGUCAGUUUGUAGAGCUGAUCAUAUUUUUUGAUACAUGUGACAUGAGAUGUUGUCACUGUGGCUAUUUUUAUUAUAGACAAGCAAGAGUUUAAUCCAGGGCAAAUUCCUAAAUCUGACUUUGUUUAAAUGAAGCUAUAAAGUUUUCUAAAGUUCUAAAAACAAUUUGCUCAAGUCAGGCCAUGACGUGUUACAAACAUUUAAAGGUUACUUGGUGAACUCUGGUAUAUCAGAACAGUGAUCAGACAUGACUAAAGUAAAGGCCAGACUUUAGCAGAGUCCUACUUAACAACGAAAAUGAGUCACUGCAGACACAUUUAAGCAUUUGACUUUGGGUUUUUCCUCUGGUUAGACAAUAAAUUAAAAAUAAAAAAGUGCAUAUGUACAAAUAAAAGACGAGAGCAUUAAAGUUUAGCAGAAUGAGUGUUGCUUGCAUGCUUUGCGUGAGCUGCAGCAUUUAGGAAAGGAACAACAGGUCAAUAUUGUGCACCCCUGUCGUCCUGGGGGGGUUUAUGUUCUCAUAACUGUGGGGCGUCCAUAUGUCUUACUGAAGGAGACACCGAAGGUCAUGUCGCACUAUGUUAGUAAAGUGAUGAGAUGAAACGAGGGAAAGUCGGGCGUUUAUCCUGAUUGUUCUGCCUACUGUACUACUAAGGGCAGCUCUGCAACAUUCACUACCAGUAAUAUUCUUCAUGUAAUUAAAAGGUAAAUAAAAGACUUAACCUGC